UCAGAUAUGUGUGACUGCAGAUCAUUCUACUGAUUUUUUAUUGAAAAAGCACUCAUGGCAACCCCAGCUAGUCACCUUAUUCAGGAUCAGAAUCACAAUAUCCUUUCUAAGGGUGCUACUCUUGGGGGUAAGACUGGUGUCACCAAAGCAGAUAAGAAAGAAGGGCUCGGUGGAAGAAAAGCUCUUAAUGACAUAUCAAACUCGAGAAAUGCUACUGUGCUUCGAACGAAGAAAGAUCUUAGUGUGUCGAAAACUAAGUCUGUUGUUGGGGGGAAAAUGGGUGGUAGAAAAGUACUUGGUGAUCUUACAAACUCCGUGAAGCCAUCCUUGCAGGCAGUUCCAAAAAAGGGUCAAAAGUUGAAUCCCGUAGCUGAAGAAAAUGUUCCCGUUUGCAUUGAGGAGGAGGGAUUCCUGCACAAUCAUCACGAGUGCAUCAAAGUCCAGAGAAAGGCUGUGGAUGUGGAUUAUCUUACGAAGUCAGUCAUCGGACUAGAUAAUGAUGUUCCUAUGUGGCCAUCAUCUCCAAGGGCAUUUGGAUCAUCGUCUAAGCCAAGUCUGGAGAGUCCUGUGAAGCACUUGGAAAUGGAGGAGAUACCAGAGCUGCUAUUUGGAGAUCAGAUUUCUGGUUGCCGAAAAACCAAUAUUCCUGGCUGCUCUUCACCUUCUUGGGGAUCUCCUAAAUCGCCAAAACUACCAUUUACGAACCGGAUGGAUUUUUGCGAUUUUGUGUUGAUGGAGUCUCCAAAACUGCUGAAUCCUUGAAGAUCCCUCCUGCAAUAUCUACAUGAUUUUUCAAAGAUUAUCGAUGAUAAUCUCUUGAGGCGAUGUUGUUCCGUACCCGGAUAUUAAUGUUACUCUAUUUGGUCGACUAAUACUUGUCUAGACUCUUCUUGACGGUUGUUUGGGUCGAGACAGAAAAUUUUCAUCUUUGCUAGUAAAUCCAGAUUCUAUGUUGUUAAAUUUGAGAUUUGCAUGGAGUAGCA